AUGUUCUACACUCGUCCUGCAGUUUGGAAGAAAUUUGGGAGUCAAGUGAAAGUGGCGCACUUUGCAGGCCUCGAGAAACCAUGGAAACAUAGGUUGUCUGCGAAUGAUGGAGCCAUUUGUCAAGCACUUGAUCGAUUGGAAUCCUCGGACACUAUCUACACCACUGCUGAGCAAAGUGGAAUUGUUGCUCUUUGGUGGGCUGUUUUCUUCAAGAGGGUCAAGAACCGGCUUGGUAAUGGCAUGUUCCUUUCAACAACAUUUGAGCCUAUUCCUCCACCUCCACCACCUCCAUCUCCUCAGGACAACCGCCCUGAGGACCAAGAAUUUCGGAACCAAAAUGAAAGGUAUCACCCCGAAUUCGAUGACAAUUCAUUCCAUUUCCUUCACACCAAUCAACGGGUCGACGAGUCUAAUCGAUACGAGAAGUAUCACGAGUUCUUCGAGCCUCUGAAACAGCCAGAACCCGAGCAUCACAAGUACUACGAAUCGCUCCACCAUCAAUCCCAUGGCCAUCAACCACCAGUGUACAAUGAGCAUCACCAAUGUCAUCACAAUGAAUGUCAUUACCAGCCCCCGCAAUCCGAACCCCCUUCGUCGUCGCAACCACAGUCCGAACGUCAUGAUUUUCAUCACCAACACCAUCAAGAGAAUAGGCAUGAGGAGCCUCAGGAAUGGAGUCAAGACCCACCACAGCGGCCACAUUCAGAACACCAUAAUCAAUCGGGUAGACAACCUUCGCCUCAACGCCAUUGUGAAACAUCGCCACCAACUCCUCCUCUUCCUCCCCCUCCUCCUGAACCCCGCAAUGACAAGGAUCCUCUCUUUUUUGUUAAAAAGCCUAUGUGCCGGGAGUGUCUGCGAGAACUUCAGUGGAGUCGACAAUUUUUCGACUUCCUCCGUAGGGACAUCCCUAUUUCCAUGUCUCCGACUUAUUCCGGAUCACGAUUGAGACUCCGUUCUCAACCCAAGACUCUUCCUGGGGAACAACCAAUUCGUGGAGUGCUCAAGAACUCACCCACUCCACCGACAUUUACUAUCCAUGACGAGGAGAGUUCGGAAAUAGGCGCCAAGGAGCAGAGAAAGAGAGAAAGAAAGGUGAAAAAGGGCUUACAUCAAGUGCAUAAGGGUAAAUCUGCUGCGAAAAAGCGUCUGAAGAGACCCGUUGAUAGCAGCAAACUUGUCGAUGCUGCGAAGAGAGGAAUUCAAGCCAAAAUGGAAAGUGCGAGUCCUACAGGCGAAACGUUAGUGAACCCCAGGGAAAAAAUAAAGACGUUUCCAAUUAAAAACUAUGCUAAUAAAGAGAAGGAGCCCAGGUCUGAAGAAAUGCUAGAUUCAAUUUUGAGGAGUGCCUUGAUCAAGAGAUCCGAGGUGAGUGAAGUCAAUCAACUGGAGGAGGCUCAACCAAGAUUGGGAACUGUAACUCCACCCGCAUCUGUCACUCGCGCCAAAAGGCAGAUUAAACCUCUGAGUGAUUCUGAAAAGGCAGAGGUGGAAGCGCUAAUAAGGUUGAAGAUUGAUAGAGCUGUUGCUGAUAGGGGAAGUAUGGAAUUGCCAGAAAGGGAAGAAGGAAUCAAUCCAAAAUCCCAUUCUGAACUAGAAGCAAAGCCUGGACUAAAUAAAGCGACCGAAAAGACUUCGAAAAAAGCGAAAGACUUAAAGGUCCCUUCAUUGUCAAAAGCAGAGGAAAUGAAGACUGAAAGUAUGGUAGAGGAAGAUCUUCAAAAUAUUCCCGCAUUGAAGUCAAAGAUAGAAAGGCCAAAACAAAAGCCAGAGCCGAAAGAAAGAAUGAAGAAGAAAGUUAACAAUGUUGAGACUAGGUCAAAACAAGUGGUAGAGAAACCGGUUAGGGAUUCUACUCCGUGGCUUCCACGUGCCAAAAAAUCGCGGUUCGGUUCGCAAAAGUUUUCUGACAGCGAAUACUUCUGUGAUCGUCAUCGACCGCAUCCACCACCUCCACAAUGGAGAAUGUUUGCCUGGGAAAGAGGCGAAAUCGACUAUAUGGGAAGUGACCGCUUCUCCAACAUUCUUGCACGAAUUCGCUCAACUAUUCAACAGUCUAGUGAUGAUGCACUUCCAAUUGGUAUUUGGCUAUAG